GCUGGGUUCAGUUCGUGUCUAUCCUCCCCCGAGUCAACAUGAAGAAACCAUCCAAGUGUGCCAGAUUUCUACUGUUGAGUUGCGCUCUCUACUGUCUGCCGUUACCGGGUAACGCCAAUGGCAACUCGGAUCGUGUCCUUUCGUCCAAACUGGAUCAACUGCAGGAUAAAAUCAUGGAACUGAUUGAAACUCGAUUGACUAGCAUGCAAGAAAGGUUAGUGAAAUAUGACCGUAGAAGUAGUUCUGAGAAAUUUACUUAUUCCCACUGAAUCAUUGUAAUUCCCCAUUUUGUCACAUUAGAAUGGAAUGCAAGUUCGGUGAACACAUGGUGGCACUGCAACGAGCCGAGAAAAAUCAAUUUCUCGUGCUGAAGGACGCAAUAAAGCAGAAUUCCGGCGCCUACUUCUCGUCGUGCCGUGGAGUCCCAUCAGGGCACAGCAACAUGUUCAUGAUUCGCCCUCCGGUACCCAACACGCUUCCCUUCAUGGUCUACUGUGAGCAGAGCUAUCUCGGCGGAAGUUGGAUGGUGAUUCAUAAACGUUUCGACGGGUCGUUGGACUUCAACCGUGGUUGGGAAGAGUACAAGGAAGGUUUUGGAGAACCCAAUGGGGAACACUGGAUCGGGCUGGAAAAGAUUCACCGGAUAACGCAAUCAGGUGACCAUGAGCUGUUGGUCGUGCUGAAGGACUUCGAUGGUAGGGCCAAGAUGGCCCUGUACGAUGGAUUCGAUGUGGAUACUGAGGGAGCCAAGUAUAAGCUUUCGAUUGGAAAGUACGACCAUGGCGAUGCCGGUGAUUCACUAAGUUUGAUCAACGGAGCUCGUUUUUCGGCAAUUGAUCAGGACAACGAUCAACAUCCGGACGGUUUCUGUGCGAAGCAUUAUCAAAGCGGAUGGUGGUUCAAAUAUUGUUCUAAUUCGAAUCUUAAUGGCCUCUACCGCAGUACCGAUGAAAAUAACAUGACAAUGAACUGGUUUUCCUUUCGACACGACUUACAGGGACUGAAGGAAGCAUCGAUGAUGAUCCGCGAAAAAGUUAAAGUUGGUUAAAAACUAGACUCCUUGUGUUUUUUUUUUUGCAUGAGAACACAACAUCCAAUAAAAACAGCAUUGUAAAUAAGCAAUACAUAUCAAAUAAACACGCUUCCGCACAAA